AUGACAGCUCCCAACUUGCCGUGGCAGGGCCGCGCGGCUCAUAACAUCUCGUCACCCAGUGUGGACAGCCCUCUCUCUCCCUCAAAUGGUAGCGCCACUCCGAUCUCCUUUCAAACGAAUGUGAAUCGCUCAAAGACAAAGCGCUGGGUCGAAGCAAAGCAAGUAUCAUAUGAUGGCGGAGACUGGGGUGAUGACGACGACGAUGAGGAGGAUGAGGAGGAAGAGCUCCCCAUUCCUGUGCCUGCGCCCCGGCAUCCAUACGCAACCCACCAUACGACCAGCAGCUCGUCGGAGAUAAGCUCCAGACGGUUGUCUGGGAUUUUAUAUGGCGCAGGAGAGUCUCGAAGAAGCCCAUCCACUGAGCGCAAAGGAAGCGGGGAUCAGAGCAGCCAUUUUGUCAGACCUGUCGACCACUAUAAACGCAUGCCUUCGUCGCAUGAAGUAUCUGAAUCACCUUCUCAAUAUGGAGCUCCACCACUCUCUUUGGUGUCUGGCAACGUUCCCACGCUGGAUACCCCCACCGCUUCUUCGAGGACGACACAGGAUGUUGCCGCAAUACUGCCUGAGGUGAAGCCAAUGGCCGGGUUCGGUACCGAUUUCUUCGGUGCAGUCAAUUCAAAUAUCCAUCAGAAUACUCCCACACCACCUCACGGCGCCUCCUUGAGCCACCAGGCCUCUGAGACCUCUCUCCCAGGGCCAUCUCCAGGUUUUACCUCCGUAGUUCAUCAAGCUUUUGAUGUUCCAGAGACUCCGGAUUCUACUGCCGAGAGCUUGGCACGAUCUGACAGCGAUGGAACAUCUGUCAUCAGUCCGAUUAUCCCUACUCGUGGGACAUACGAUGUUAGAACCCCAACCAUACAUGAAGAAACUGUGGAAUUGGGUGGCACGCCUGGCCCUACUGCGAAAGCUGAACCAUUGUUUACGCCGGGCCAUCGACGCGAUAUGAGCCUGCCCAGUCCAGAUAAUGACCCUUCGAAAAAGCCUGCCGUUACUGAAAACUUCCCACCUCCAGCAGGCCAAGCAGAAAUCUCACCUGGCUCUCUGUCAAGUCCGAUAUCCGAUGCCACUGUCGACAAGAAUUUCAUUGCACCUCUCAAAAUUGGCAGCAAUCUACCGGCUGACGGCUACCGUGGUGAAAUCCCUACCAUCGUCUCUGCUAUGGGCCCAGGAAUGUCACCAGACGGCACUGACAAUGACCGGCUUAGAGAAGAGAUCAUGCGGUCCCUGAGCAGAGAGAAUUCCCACGAACCGGAACAGCAACCUCAAGCAGAGGAACCUAAGCAACCAGAAUCCAUUCCGCAGCAGUAUGAAAAGUACUGGGACCACCAAACCGGACCCAGUCCUGACCAAGCUCCUAGACCUCUAAUCUCAACAUCUCAUCCUGAGUGGACUGGCAAUCAUCCUCUGGGAUCUCAAGAUCCAUAUGCGCCAAUCCAGGUUCCCGGUGUUGGAUCUUCUUCAGGGUCAUCAGAUGCACCAAAAAAACUCAAACUAGCAAGGCGAUUCUCAUGGGAGUCAACGAACUCUGUGGAAGCGGAAGAAUCUAAACCUCAAGUUCCUGACAGCUACUCUUUGCCUCCAGAGGCCGUAUCACCAGCCCUUGAGGAGGUUGAACCUAUCCCCGAGGACCAUAUUGCAUCAGAUCUCUCCAGGGAUGCACCGUCAAUUGUUGGGGGGAUGUCUGACAGCCAGUUUCCAGUUGAUAAACCUAGGUUAUCACUUAUUCUACCGGUUUCGGAAAACAGCUCACUACCAGAGCAAAUUUUGGAGUCUGAUCAUCAGUCACCUCACAGAGACGCCCCUGUAGCCCCUGUUAUUGGAUCUUUGUCUGUUGAUGAGACUAAACUUCAACGUUUCCGUGAUAUUCUCAAGCUGACAACCCCAGCUGAACGCAUUCGCGCCUUCGAACAAACUCGAGAUCAGUUUGCCGCUGUUGAUACUGGUUUGAACCACUGGCUUCAAUUCACGACCCAUGCGCAUCCAGAGUAUGCGGACCUGGUUCAGAGCCAGGGCGUUUCAGCACUCACACGACAAUCUCCCACUAGAAGCAAAUUCCCCAAACUUUCCCUUGGCAUUUCUUCGUCUCGAGAGGAUGCUACUCCAGCCAAUACAGGUCACUUGAGACGUGGAUCUGGUCAUAUUGGAACUAUUGUCAAUAAAGACGUCGAGCGGCGCGGUAAGGACUUCCUUCAUACCGCAGGAACGCUAGGCGGCAAGGCCGGCGAUGUUGCGAAGGGCUUUUUUGCUAAAGGCAGGAGCAAGUUUCGACCGGGAGACAAGGGUCAAUCGACGAGUACUCGCCGAAGUAUGAUCUUCUCCUUUCCAGCCCAUGAUAGUGGCUCCAAGGUUAAUGCUCUCACACGAAACAACUCUGUCAACCUGGGGAGUCUUCCCAUUUUCAAUUUUGGUCGAGCUGAGGCCAAAGCCACUGCUGUCGACGGGGGCGAUGAUCAGCGUGAGGGAGAACGUUCAAGAAAACGUACCAAGUCUACGGGGUCUACGGAUUUCCUACGAUUCUCCGCCAAAAUUCCAAAGGGUACUGCUCACAAUACAGAGCGGUCACCCAAUGCAAACCAGUCUAAUAAAAGUGCCGGUGACGAUACCGAUGUUGCCAGAAAUUUUGAGCAAGAGAUGAUCGAUGCCCUGGGCCUUUCUCCAAAGAAAUCCAGCAAAAAACUAGUCAAUCCUGAGUUUGAUCAGCUUUCACGGAUCUCACCUCCAGUGUUCAAAAACGAUGAUAAUCGACUGGGCCCCAAAAAGAGUAUGCCGGUGUUAACCGUCCAGCCCUCUAACGGCCUCGGCCUUUCUCACUCAGACCGACCAGCUGUAACUUCUUCUACCCUCACAAUUCCCUCCAUCCGUGCGGUAGUUCAGGAGAGUAAUCCUUCUUCUCCCCAGGACUCAGUCCCGAAAGUACUUACUUCAAAGGUUGCACCUUCACAAGAAGCAAGUCUCCAACCACAACAACCAUCAGUCCCAGCACUUGGGGCUGAUGAUAAAGAGAAGAUCCAUCUGCCUAGUAGAGAAGUCGACAGACCACCCUCUCCGCCGCAACAAGAUAAAACUGUUGAUGAAGAUCCUAUAUACAGCCCUCCUCUCUCUAAAUCGAAGACCAAUGAACCCUUCACAUGGUCUGCAACUUCGGGAGAGGACCUUGAGGUAAAGCGGAGGUCCAUCGGCGGCGGUCUCCCCAGCAUGCAUAGUCCCUUGAAGAAUGAGGUGAAAAAUUCGAACAAAAGUAGCGUGUUAAGCUUUGCCAGCUUCGGUCGAUUGAGCGCCAAUAGCAAAAGGACCCGAUCUUCCAGUCCUGCGAAUGAACUUUCGCAAAAUGCCGAAACACCUAUGAAGGGCAGAAGACACCGACGGUCGUCGGUAGGUGAUCUUCUUGCUAGCAUCCAGGGGGGAUUGCAGGGGCUUCACGAAAAGAUUCGACCGGAAGAGUCCAAGGCAGAAUCCAAGGCAGAGUCCAAGGCAGAGCCCAAGGAUCAAAGUCGUUCACUCAAGCGCACGUUCAGCAGGAUGGGUGGCUUUUUCGUGCGUCAACCCAGUUCUGAAAGCUCUGAGCCCCAGAAGAAGGAUCAUGUCAAGGCUUUGCGAAAGAAGCCCAUGCCAGCGUCUCCUCUGAGUCGUCCAUCUUUGCAAAAUGGAUAUUCUGUCGAAAUUUCUUCCGCUGGAAACGCCCUCCCAAAUACCGAAGCGGUUGGGGCCGUUUCCGAGUCACUCCUUCCUACCGACGGUCCCCGCCGUGCAAGUAUGCCUUUUCCUUCCAAUACACCCGCUGCCUCUGUGACAGCAGGUCGCUUCUACUCGAAAACCGAGUCACCCGAAGUUUCCACCCAUGUUGGACGUGCUCGGCAAAAGAGCUUGCCUCUUCUAGACCAGUCUGGGUCUAGUGGCUGGCAUCUCCCGCCGCCCGGGUCCUAUGUACGUAAACUCGAAAAAUGGUUGACCCAGAAAGAGCGGGACGAGCAAGCGCAACGCGAAUAUUUGUCACCGAACCCACGGGAUGUGGAAGAGUCCAGAGAGUCAACCCUCCCAAAACUCGAUGUGGCCCGGAAGCCCGACGGGCCUCAGCCUGAGCAGACGCCGAUAAUCGGUGAACGUAAAGAGCUUAGUGGGUCUGGAGCCCCAUCUGCCCCUGAUGUCCACCACAACGGGGCCAAGACGGUCAAUGAAACUGAACCUGUCGAGCUCGGCGUUCCGAAAAUCGAUUCUAGCGAAAAUAUCGUUAUGUCGGCGACAGCGUACCCCGAACCAGAUUGGAUGCCGGUUUUUUGGAAAGAUGACUGA